GAAAGGAGGGAAUGAUGUUCAGCGCAAAAAAAAAAAAAAAGGAUCCACUUUACUCGACCAUUGCCCCCACGACGUGUGCUUGCGUUAUCUGAGUACCGCUGCCUGUCACCCCAUAGUCAAAGGCUAGCUCAAAACGAAAUGCAGCUGAAGGAACAGGUCGUUCUAGGCUGUCCUUUGUGGGGACAGGAGACAGCAAACAGAGAAAGAACAAAAGGGCGUAACAAACCUCUACUGCAAGUCCCGUCGCCACCAAAAAUAAAGGUGUGUGGGGUAAGAGCAUAGCAGUCCUAUCUGUCAGCUUGAACAGGGUAGGCCCAAGCACUUUCGACCUGCGACUCUGAUUUGAUUCCCUUCUUUUUACUCAUUCCACCCACCCUCGACCGUCCAGAACAAGCCAACCAUGGACCACAAGCGGACCAACAACAACAGGAUCACUCGCCAGGAUGAUUCAGGGACAUUCUACAGAGAUAUCGCCUUUGUGCCCAGUGGCACAUUAGCCAUGAAGGAGACUGCCGCAACCUCCACCCAAAAUAGCAAGCAAGAGGAUGCAGUCCAUGUCCGAGAGUUUUACAAAGCUGUGCUGGCAAUGCCACGGACGGUAGCUCCCACGAAACGGAAAUCACAAAGGAAGCAGCGAAGCACUUCUAGGGCACAAGAACUAUCACGAAACAACAUACAAAAGCCUACUCCAAUGCCAUCACAGUCACCAGACGACUCGGUAGCAAGUAUCACAGAGGGAUCAACACCACUAGCGCCAUCGAUAUCAUCAGAUCCCUCAGCAACGACGUCUUCAUCCUCAAUACCAGAAACGACUCCCUCAUCCUCCGAAGAAAUCGUCCGAAGGAACUGGCAAACAAAUCAUGGACCCGCUAGAGUCGUAGCCGAAGGACAUGUCCUUUGCGAAUCAUGUCAGAUCGAGGUCCGCGAGGAUGACCUUGAUAGGCACCAGCGUGGAACUGCCCAUCUGAUGUCACAAGAAUCGCCUAUCAAGCCCUUGGAUACCCUGAUACUUGGACAUUCCAAUAAGGGGUUCAGGAUGUUGGUCAAUAGCGGGUGGGAUUACGAAAAGGGACUCGGAGCUCAAGGUCAAGGCGCGCGACAUCCUGUUGCAACACGACUCAAGCACGAUCGACUAGCCCUAGGAGCCGUCGGUGCCAGCAAAAAAGUCGUGACACAUACUUUUGAAGAGAUCGAGAAGAGCCGGACAAAACUCGUUCCUAAGAAGGGUGCCGUUGAACUUGGAGGACUAUAGGCGUAUGGCAGAGAAGGAGCGGCGCGACCGGGUCAAGCUGAUGACAUACAUGAAGAAGUAGAGAGAAACCAGGGACCACACAAUGUGCGGAGCAAAUUUUCAAGCUCAAUUGCUGUGCUUCUGGAGCAUGAUCUUCUCAUUGGACCACCGAACAAUGGUAUCAUAGUUGAUGGAAAGGUCAAAUGAAGU